UGUUCUGCUCGUAUACAGCGGUGAACUCGGUCUAGGUGAGGUAUUUAAGUUGGAGCAUCAUGCCCAACGACUAACAACAUGGGGCUAUCGCUUUAUGGGUUGGAUACUUGUUUUCUUCGGUGUAACUUGCACAUCUACACUUUUACAUAUUAUUCUAAGUCAUAUUAAUUUUCUCGCCGCAUUGGCGCCGGAUCCACUCUUUCCCGUUGGCGCCAACCUAUUUCUGUCACUUUCAAUCGCCUUGAUCAUUGCUUCCAUCGCUUGGAUAUUGCAUCGGCCAAUGAUUGGAGCUAGUUUAUUAUUUGCUGCCGCCUCACCUUUUGUGUGGUGUGCUCGUAGUGUAGCAAAUUACCAACCCAUGAACUAAAAGUUUUGAUUUAGUUAUUAAAGUUGAGCAACUGUCACAUUUUCAUACUAGUCAUUAGAAUAGAUGAAUAUUAGUUAAAAGCAAUAAUUUGUGUUAUUUAUACAGACUAUGUGCAUACAAACAUACAUAUAUGUAUAAUACUUACGGUGACCAUUC